AUGGAAGCGCAGGAGCCAGAGAAGAAAUACGAGUUCGAAGAAGAGUGGAUUCAGUACCAAGGAGUCUGGACGCAAGUCAUUUCGCUCAAAAGGGAGGAGCCCAACGUGCCAAAAGAAAAGAGCAACAUCGACAAGUCCAAACUUAUGUUCCACUCGCAGAUGAAGCAGAAGCACUAUAUCAUCGACAAACUGGGCCUGUACGAACAUCCGCGGCUGAUUUUGAUGGGCCACUCGAUCGGCGCUAGAAUGAUGCUGGACUGCAUUCACGAGAAUACUCUUCUGGCGAUUGGGCUUACUCCAACUAUCGAAAGAAUGGCCAUCACGCCUAGGGGCAAGGAUCUGACGCCCCACUUCAAUAGCUAUAUCCAAGGGCUAUUUAAUUUGCAGUAUCUCGGCGAUCCGAACGAAUCUUCUACGGAUUCGAACGACAAUGAUCAGGAACCACUUCUUGCAGAGGGAGAAGACGAGGGAGAACUCAAAGCGAAAUUUGUGUGGAAGCGAAAAUACGGCGCCUGCGAAGCGAUCGGCCGUCUCCUCUCCGAAGCCUGCCCAGAUCUGCACGUGAUAGUCCUUGCCUUCGUCGCGCUCUUCAUCGCCGCCGGCUCCGAUCUCUUCAAUCCCUGGUUCAUCGGCAAGAUCAUCAACGACAUCGUCGUCAAUCAAGACGUCGAGAGCUUCAAGCGCAACAUCUUUAUCAUCAUUUUGGUGACGAUUUCCACCGGCGUCGCUACUGGCUGCAGAUCCGGCUUGUUCACGCUCGUCAUGGCCAGAAUGACGCUCCGGCUCAGGACGAAGCUGUUUAGACAAGUCAUUAAACAAGAAACAUCAUUUUUCGACUCCGUCCGAACUGGCGACAUAACGAAUCGCUUCUCUGCCGAUUGCUCGAAGAUGGUGGACACACUCUCGCUCAAUAUCAACAUCUUCUUGCGCUCGAUGGUGACGAUUGUCGGCUCCAUCGUCUUGAUGGUCAAGCUCAGCUGGGAGUUGUCGCUUUUGACCGUGAUUGGGCUUCCUUUUGGUUUCAUCCUCGGCCGCUAUUACGGCCACAUGUGGCGAGUGCUCCAGGAGAAGAUCCAGGAUACUUUGGCUGAUGCUGGAUCUGCAGCAGAGGAAGCUUUUGGAAACAUUCGAACUGUGCGCUCGUUCGCCAACGAAAGCGGCGAGUCCGACGUCUACGAAGAAAAGUGUCAGCUGGUGUAUACUUGGAUGCGUACGAAAGCGUGGUACAUGGGCGGAUACAUGUCCGGCAACAUCCUCAUUUCAAACGGUCUCGCGGCAGCGACACUUUGGUAUGGCGGACAUCUCAUCCUUGAAGAUAGAAUCAGUGGGGACACGCUCAUUCCAUUCGUUCUUUACCAGUUGAGUUUGGGAAAUGCGAUCGGCUCGAUUGGUGCCGUGUACACAGGCUUGAUGGAAGCAGUUGGCUCUGCAGAACGCGUUUUCCAACUGAUGGAUCGUCAGGCGGCAAUCGACUUGUCCGAGGGCGAGCACGCUCCUGCCAAGAUCGAGGGAAAGAUCGAGUUCAGAAACGUCAAGUUCAACUAUCCAACUCGACCGAAACAGCCGGUUCUGCAAGGACUGUCGUUUACCGCGCCGCAAGGAAAGGUCACUGCGCUUGUUGGUGCCUCCGGUGGCGGGAAGAGCUCGAUCGUCUCGCUCAUCACCAGAUUGUACGAACGAAAUGACGGGGACAUUUUGCUCGACGGAGUUGAUGUCAGAAAAUACACUCACGAAAGUCUCCACCGUUUGGUAACUGUUGUCCAGCAAGAACCGGUCCUCUUCGCGCGAAGCAUUCAAAAGAACAUUCUUUACGGGCCGUUUGAAGUGGACGACGUCGACGAGGCAAUCGAGAACGCGACGAAAAUGGCCUCUGCUCACGAGUUCAUUUUGAACAUGGCGGACAAGUUCGACACACAGUGUGGCGAAAAAGGACAGCAAUUGUCAGGUGGCCAAAAGCAGCGAAUUGCGAUCGCUCGAAGUCUCGUCCGCAAGCCGUGCGUUCUGAUCCUCGACGAAGCCACUUCCGCGCUCGAUGCUGCUUCUGAGAAGAUCGUCCAAGCUGCGCUCGACAGAAUUCAGCAAGAGGCCAACAUGACCAUCAUUCUCAUCGCGCAUCGACUAUCUACGGUUAAAAACGCCGACCAAAUUGUCGUUAUCAAUCAAGGAAACGUCGUGGAGACUGGAAAUCACGACGAACUAAUGACGAAAAAUAACCACUACGCAAAGCUGGUCGCUGCCCAGCUCGCUGAAAGUGGUCAAAACUCGCCGCAGAAGACCCUGAUCAAAGAAAAAGUUGUUUACAAGCGAGUAGUGACCAAUUCUAGCAGCCAAAAGGACUAUGACAUUAGUCCCGGCACUUCAGCUUGA